GGAAUGUUACAGCAGAGAUGACAGAUGAACACACAGAAAUCCAUGACUGGGGAUUCGUGCAGAGGCAGGAUGAGCAUUUUGAUGGAUUUCAAGACUCCAUAAAUGGGAACUUUUCUACACUAAGCCAUCCAGACAAACCUGUAUCACAUGACUUCUGAUUGCUAAGUGCCACCACCUAACGGCCAGCUGAAACUUUUCUACAUUUAGUAUAUAUUGUGGGCUUAGAGGAGAGAGGAACCACGUCACCACGGGAGGCAGCGGGUUCCCAUUUCCCCUUCGACCACUGGGCAAUGGGCGCUGCUCGGAUCAAGCGUCGGUUUAGUGCCAGUAUUCAGCACCCUGACGAGGAAGAGGAAAUGAAGUUGGCUACAUCCGCCCACCCUAGCGCCUACCGAAAUGGAAAAGUGCACUCCAAAACUUCCCGGAGGCGCUGUCGCUUUGUGAAGAAGGAUGGACAUUGUAAUGUGCAGUUCACUAACAUGAGUGAAAAGAGUCAGCGGUACUUGACGGACAUGUUCACCACCUGCGUAGACAUACGGUGGCGCUGGAUGUUUCUCAUCUUCUCAUUAUCUUUCCUUGUUUCUUGGCUGUUGUUUGGCUUCAUUUUCUGGCUGAUUGCAUCCAUGCAUGGAGAUCUUGCCCGGAUUGGUAUAGAAGGAGGACCAGAGCCCUGCUUCCACCAGGUGAACAGUUUCAUGGCUGCAUUCUUAUUCUCUCUGGAGACACAGACUUCCAUUGGCUAUGGCUUCCGCAGUGUGACUGAGGAGUGUCCAUUGGCAAUCUUGGCAGUGGUGCUGCAAUGCAUCGUGGGAUGUAUCAUCGAUGCCUUCAUUAUUGGGGCUAUCAUGGCUAAGAUUGCAAAGCCCAAGAAGCGCAAUGAGACACUGAUGUUUAGUGAGAAUGCGGUCAUUGCCAUGCGAGACAGAAAGCUAUGUAUGAUGUGGCGUGUGGGAAAUCUUCGGAAGAGCCACCUAGUAGAGGCACAUGUGCGUGCUCAGCUGCUAAAGCCUCGAGUGACUGAAGAAGGCGAGUAUCUCCCACUGGAUAACAUUGACAUUAAUGUUGGUUUUGACAGUGGAACAGACCGUAUUUUUCUAGUGUCUCCAGUUACAAUCAUUCAUGAGAUUGACGAAGACAGUCCUUUCUUUGAGCUAGGCUGCCAAGACCUGCAGACAGCAGAUUUUGAGAUGGUGGUCAUCCUAGAAGGUAUGGUAGAGGCCACAGCUAUGACCACACAGUGCCGCAGCUCCUACUUGGCUGAGGAAGUCUUCUGGGGUCACCGUUUUGAGCCGGUGUUAUUUGAAAGGAAGAAUCAUUAUGAGGUAGACUAUUCCCAUUUUCACAAGACCUACGAAGUGCCAACAACUCCAACAUGCAGCGCAAAGGAGUUGGCAGAGAGGAAAUACCUUGCCAAUACCCGCAGUUCUUUCUGUUAUGAGAAUGAAGUUGCCCUGCUGAGCCAUAGUGAAGAUGAGACACCUACUAAGGAGACAAUCACACCAGUGUCAGAGGUACCCAGACCUGUUGAGCACCUGGAACAGAAGGCACUUACCUGACUUGCUCUAAAUCCAUCCAGGAGACCUGGAACUGAAAACUAGCUAUGCUUCUGAGCUGGAUAUGGGAUUAGCUCAGACAGAUUGCUCCUUUAGAAUAUAAAAGAGAGUUGUCACAAACAGCCAGAAACCUGGCUUGACUAUGAUUGGGAGGAAUUUUUUACCAAAUGAUUAAGAAAUUUGUUCCUCCACUACAGAUUUUGGUGGCUUCCAUGACCCCAUGCCUAAUAUCUGGUGCUUCCCAAUAUGUUUAUUUUUCAUGUUACACAUGAACCUGACUCUCUCCCUUCUAAGUAAAUGCAUCAAUUUUUCGAUAAUGUAGUUGUAGGUAAUUGGUCACCAGUGAAUCAGGGCAUGGCUCUGUAUAUGAGUUGACAACUCAGAAUUAAAAGGGUACUUUUGAAAUUAUUUUUUUUUUAUUCUUCUAUUUAUUGUUUUCCAAACCGUUUGUUAAGAAAAUGACCCUCUGUUUCCAUUACUGAGAAUGUGUAGUAAUAACUUUUACUACUGAAAGACAUGCUUGGAAAAAAGUACUGUCUCUUCAGGUUCCUUUAACUUAACUUAGCUCUCUACACUGCCUAUAAUGACUUUUGAACACUGCUGCUGUUUUGUCAUGGUCUGUUGUAUGAAAUAAAAACCACAGAUAAAUGUGUUAGCUACUCAGUUACAAAACUGUAAUUUGCAUUCAACAGUGGUAUAGUACACGUUCGUGGCAUAACUGUGUGUCAACAUGUUAUACAUGUAUUUGUAAAUGGGAAUCGUAUAGAAUACAGUAUGCACAUGUGCAGUAAGCAUUUUAUUUAUUUAUUUAUUCAUUCAUUCAUUAAGCGUGUAAGUGGACUGAUUCUUUUAGGCACAUUUAAACCAUAAGCAAUGCUAUUAAUUUCAAAACACAGCAUAGUAAACACAAUAUGCCAUAUACAGGAAGUAACGUCAAAAAGACAGGAUCAGCUAGGUGACAGUAAGCAGCUCUGAUCCAGGGCUUAAGUCACUUGAAUGCUAACGCAAUUGAUAAUUAGGGGUUUUAAUGCAUUUCUGUGUGACACUGCAUUUCUCUUUAUUGGCCAAACCCACCUUGUGUAUAAUUGCAUUGCAUAGCAUACAAAACAAGUUCUAUCAUAUAUAAGUCAUACUAUAAGCUAUACUUAACACAAACACUGGCAUAACAGACAAGUAGAAUAUGGCAUAAUAUAUUCAAAUCAAUAACUGCUUCACUUUUCAUAGCAAAAUAAAUGGAGAAUUUUACAUGCUGUAUUUUCAGUAUGGUAUGCUGCACAAGAAAUGCCUAUUAACAAAUUAUCUAUAUGGCAAAAAUGCAGUAAUUACAGUGAAUAACUUUACAGAGGUAUAGCGUAUGACAUACUUCAUCUAUGUGCUACUUAGAUCAGGACAUCAGAAACAAGUUGUCUGUUCUAUAACGGUAUACACAAACCAUUGUGUUAUACCACUUUACAACAUUAUGAUACUGAGUAUGUAUUCACUAGAUUACAUUGUGAUUUUCUAGUCUGAAUGAUAUAAAAUGUAAGUAGCACACAUCACUAGAGUGUCGAAAUUUGUCAGUGAAUACAACAAACUGAGGUGAUCUCAUUUGCUUUUGGAAUGAAACAGCACAAGAGAUUUGUCCAAAAAACAACAUGCUGAGAUGUGUCAUGAUGUAUAUAAAAGUAUCUAAUUUUACAGCACAACAUGAAAAUGUUUUAUUGAUCUGAUAAAAUAAACUGAUAUUCUCCAGUGAAUGUGGAAUGUUACUGCAGAACUCUGAUCUGUUAUCACAUAUAAAAAUGACCUAUGACUAAAUUUCCAAGAAAGCAGUCUAUUAAAAUGGUUAUCACUUCACAUGGGGGUGAUAUUAUAAAUGUGUAUGUGUGUAUGUAUAAAUGUGUAGCAGUAUUUGUAACUAAUUAAUGUGUAUUACACUUACAAAAGUUCCUAAUAACUAUGUCUAUCCUUAGUGCAGUUUUCCUAAAUGAAACUUAUCGUAUGACUUAGAAGUGUAUACCUUUUAGAGUAAGACUAACUUUUAUUGAUUUGAAAAAAUACAUAAUCUUUCACUGAUGAAAAAUGUGUUUAAAUCUUUAUUAUGUACACCUUUCAGUGAAUGCAGAGCAUUAAAAUGCUGCAUUACACUAAAAAUGUAUGUAUAAUUAUUGUGUGAGCAUGUAAUAAAUGUAAUAUGCAAUCAGUCUUACAAAAAUGUGAGGCAAGAACACAGAGAUAGUUGGGUAAACAGUGAUAAAUAGAUACAUAUAACAUACCACCUCGUGCAGUUGUCAGUAUAUAUAGUUGUAGUAUUUGGUGCCUUUUCUGAAUGACUGCAAUGCUACUGUGUUCCCUAAAACUUGCUACUUUCUGUGUAAGAUAGCUACUAUUCCAUAAUCACCCCCGGAAACAGGACUGCUCCCAAGAGCAAUACAUUUAUGCAUAUGCCAUGUCUGUACAUGUCAUCCUAAUCAUUGUGUAGGUUAAUAGGUUCAUAGGUACUUACUAGACAUGCGGUCCAGGAGACGUUUGAGGAGUCUAUCCCGAUUUCUAAUUGCCCUAAAACCACUGUCUGGUAAAGAGAUUAGCUCAGGGUUAUAUAGUAGGCAAAUGAAAGCUAAGGCGUUCAAGCACCAUUUUAAAUGUUUUCAGAUCCAAAUCUCAUGUCCCAGACUGUGAAAUACUGUAAAAAUACAAACUGUUACCUUGGUUCAGGGUCUUCUUCUUCUUCUUUAAACCUGUACACAGUCCUCCUAAAUGAAUGAAACAGGUUUUACAUUUACAUUCCAGCAACAGCAUAACAUUCAUAAUGACCCCAGUGUACAGUGGGUACUGGUGUAUGCGGAAAGAUCUCCUUCAAGUCCCAUCUUUUUUUUAUUAAACUUUAGAGAGAUGUUUCCUACUGCCCGUCACCAAAUUACUUUCAUUUUUAUCUUUUUUUUCCCCGAAUACCUUUAUUGAAUUAUCACUUGUGACAAAGGCAAAUUU